GCAUUUUAGUAAAUCUAAUCACCUAGACCGAUUCCCAACGCAACCUUCGGAUCUUGCGAUAACAGACUAACUGUAAUCCAGUUGCUUCCACUCCAUGCUUACGUCGGCCACCGCAUACGUUCCACCCGACUCUUCGUAUUAUGUCCUCCGCGACCAGAUUCCGCCGCCUCAGCGCGGCUGUCGCUAUUGUCACCGCCACUGCGGCCGCGACCGGAGGUGCCAUCCUAUUCUCCCCCAAAAUAGCCACCAACGACCGCGGCGGCGGGCCUGCCUUCGACUCUGUUGGGCAGAAAAUUGCUGAUCCUAGAGCUGUCAUUCCGUCUCGAGCAGCUCAGGAGUCAGUUUUGACUGGUGCAAGCGCCUCCAAUCCCCUUGAUGUUCUCGUAAUCGGCGGUGGCGCCACUGGCUGUGGAGUGGCGCUCGAUGCUGUCACCAGAGGACUUCGCGUUGGUCUCGUUGAGAGAGAGGACUUCUCUUCUGGUACCUCUUCCAGGUCCACGAAGCUAAUUCAUGGAGGAGUUCGCUACUUGGAGAAAGCAGUCUUUAAUCUUGACUAUGGUCAAUUGAAGCUAGUUUUCCAUGCACUUGAGGAGAGGAAACAGGUUAUUGACCAUGCACCACACCUGUGCCAUGCUUUGCCUUGCAUGACACCCUGUUUUGACUGGUUUGAGGUAGUAUACUAUUGGAUGGGAUUGAAAUUGUACGAUUUGGUCGCAGGACCACGCUUGUUACAUUUGUCCAGAUAUUAUUCUGCACAAGAGUCCCUUGAAUUGUUUCCCACUCUUGCAAAAAAGGGUAAAGAUAGAAGCUUGAGAGGCACAGUUGUGUAUUAUGAUGGGCAGAUGAAUGACUCAAGGGUUAAUGUUGCUUUAGCAUGUACUGCUGCAUUAGCUGGUGCUGCAGUGGUCAACCAUGCAGAAGUGGUAUCUUUUAUUAAAGAUGAGGCUAACGAGCGGAUAAUUGGUGCACGGAUUCGGGACAAUCUAUCAGGCAAAGAGUUUGAUGCCUAUGCAAAAGUUGUGGUAAAUGCGGCUGGCCCAUUUUGUGACUCUGUAAGAAAAAUGGCUAAGAAUGAUGCACUACCUAUGAUAUGUCCUAGCAGUGGUGUACAUAUUGUUCUCCCUGAUUAUUAUUCUCCAGAGGGAAUGGGCUUGAUUGUUCCUAAAACAAAGGAUGGGCGCGUUGUUUUCAUGCUGCCAUGGUUGGGAAGAACAGUCGCUGGAACUACAGAUUCUAACACUGACAUCACUUUACUUCCAGAACCACACGAAGAUGAGAUUCAGUUUAUACUUGACGCUAUCUCAGAUUACCUUAGUGUUAAGGUACGCCGCAUUGAUGUUCUUUCAGCCUGGAGUGGUAUUCGCCCAUUAGCUAUUGAUCCAUCAGCAAAGAGCACUGAGAGCAUCUCCAGAGAUCAUGUUGUAUGUGAAGAUUAUCCUGGUUUGGUCACAAUCACUGGCGGAAAAUGGACUACUUACAGAAGCAUGGCAGAAGAUGCUGUUGAUGCAGCAAUAAAGUCUGGAAAACUAAGUCCAACAAAUGGAUGUUUAACUCAAAACCUCAGGCUGAUUGGUGGGGAUGGAUGGGAGCCUUCAUCAUUCACUGUUCUUGCUCAACAAUAUGUACGCAUGAAGAGGACAUCUGGCGGUAAAGUUGUCCCUGGAGUAAUGGACACAACUUCUGCUAAGCAUUUAUCACAUGCAUACGGUACAUGGGCAGAACGAGUGGCUGCCAUAGCUCAGGUACAACACUGGCUCCUGGUGACUCUCGCCCUCCUUCAUCUUCACUUAUUCUGGUCUCACUUUCAACAGACGAUGCUACUCCUCCCAUUUCCAUCCGAAAAGGUAUUCGUUCGUCUCGAAAUCCUUAUCCUAUUUAUAAUUUUGUGAGUUAUCAUCGUUUGUCUCCUUUCUACUAUGCUUUUGUCACCACUUUGUCUAAUUUAUUUGUACCUAAGACUGUUAGAGAAGUUUUGGAACAUCCAGGAUGGUGUAAUACAAUGGUUGAAGAGAUGACUGCUCUCCAUAACAAUGACACUUGGGAUUUGGUGCCACUAUCAAAGGGCAAAUCAAUUGUUGGCGUCAAUGGCUUUAUACAGUCAAGGCGGGGCCUGAUCGCCAAAUUGAUAGACUUAAAGGUCGCCUCGUUGUAAAGGGCUAUACUCAGAUCUUUGGCCUCGAUUACAGUGAUACCUUUUCUUCUGUUGCUAAGUUUGCCUCGAUUCGCCUUCUUAUUUCCUUAGCUGCCAUCCAUUACUGGCUACUUCGUCAACUGGAUAUCAAAAAUGCAUUUUUACAUGGCAAGCUAGCUGAGGAAGUUUAUAUAGAGUAACCACCAGGUUUGUUGCUCAGGGGGAGUCUGGUUUGGUGUCCCUACGGCGUUCUUUAUAUGGCUUGAAACAAUUUCUGGGAGCAUGGUUUGGACGGUUCAGUACUGUAGUCCAACAAUAUGGAAUGUCUCGGAGUGAAGCUGACCAUUCAGUAUUUUUCCACCAUAAUGGCCAUGAUAAGUGCAUUUAUCUCGUUGUUUAUGUUGAUGACAUUGUUAUUACAGGAAAUGAUCAUGUUGGGAUCUCAAAACUCAAACAACACUUGUCCAGUCAUUUUCAGACUAAGGAUCUUGGGAAGCUAAAGUAUUUCUUAGUGAUUGAAGUGGCACAAUCCAAGACAGGUAUCGCCAUUUUUCAAAGGAAAUAUGCUUUGGAUAUACUGAUAGAGACGGGCAUGUUAGAUUGUAGAUACGCAGAUACUGCUAUGGAUCCAAAUGUCAAACUUGUUCCUGGACAGGGGGAGCCAUUGGAGGAUCCUGGUAGAUACCGGAGAUUGGUUGGAAAACUCAAUUAUCUUACAAUCACACGCCCAGACAUCUCAUUUGCUGUAAGUGUGGUCAGUCAGUUCCUUCAAGCACCAUGUAGUAGUCAUUGGGAUGCAGUUAUUCGGAUACUCAGAUAUAUUAAAGGAGCUCCAGGACAAGGCCUAUUAUAUGAAGACAGGGGUCAUUCACAGAUUAUUGGUUACUCAGAUGCAGAUUGGGCAGGUUCUCCUUCAGACAGACGGUCUACUUCAGGAUAUUGCAUUAUGAUUGGAGGUAAUUUGAUUUCUUGGAAAAGUAAGAAGCAAGAUGUGGUUGCUAGGUCAAGUGCAGAAGCAGAAUAUCGAGCUAUGGCUUUGGCAACUUGUGAACUUAUAUGGUUGAAACAACUUCUCCAAGAGUUGAAGUAUGGGGAACUUAAAUAAAUGCAGCUAAUCUGUGACAAUCAAGCUGCACUUCACAUUGCCUUUAACUCAGUGUUUCAUGAGAGAAUGAAACAUAUAGAGGUGGAUUGUCAUUUCAUCAGAUAAAAGAUUGAAUCUGAGUGUAUUGCCACUAGCUUUGUUAGCUCAAAUGACCAAUUAGCAGAAAUCUUGACAAAAUCUUUCAGAGGCUUUCGGAUUGAAUAUAUUUGUAACAAGCUUGGAGCAUAUGAUUUGUACGCUCCAGCUUGAGGAGGAGUGUUAAGAUAUGUACCAUAAAUAGCUAGGAUAUGUGUAUCUGUAGUGAUUGUGUGAAUAUAUUUAGGUGCUAGAAUCGUGGCUAUAAUUACGUAUUUAAUUAGGAUUGUGUUUCCUAUUUAGUUGUCCUGUACAGAUUAUAAAUUGACAUCAUUGGCUUGAGGGAAUAAUCAAGCUCUUCAAUCAUUCUCAAUAUUCUUCUU